AUGCCUCGUGGCCAGAAGAGCAAGCUACGUGCCAGUGAGAAGCGCCGCCAAGCCAGUGCUAAAAACGCACCAGAGGGAGAGGCCUCUUCUGGUCCUUUGUAUGGGUGUCCACAGCAGGCGAUUCCUGUUGACAGUAUGCCUGCCCCUCCCAACUUGCCACAGGGAGCUCAUUCUACCUUUGCACACACUUACGCAAAUGCAAGUGUCCAGAAUGAAGAUGAGAAAAAUUCCGAUGACUCUGACAGCAUUGAGGACUGGUAUAAAGAUCCUAUCAACCACAAAGUAGUCUUACUGGUGCAGUUCCUUAUAGAGAAGUAUCAAAAUAAGGAGGUCAUUACAAAGGCAGAUAUGCUGAAGUCUGUUAUCAAAACAUCUAAGAGUCACUUCAAUGAAAUCCUAAAAAGAGCCUCAGAGCAUAUGGAACUGGCCUAUGGUGUUGAUCUGAAAGAAGUGGAUCCUGUCAGGCACUGCUAUGCCCUUUUUAACAAACUAGAACAUACCCUUGAUGGAUUUAUGGGUGAAGAAAUAAUGCCCAAUAGUGGCCUCCUAAUGAUUGUGCUGGGUGUGAUCUUCACGAAAGAUGACUGUGCCACUGAAAUGGAGAUCUGGGAUGUGCUAAAUAUGAUGGGUGUUUAUUCUAACAGAAAACACUUCAUCUAUGGCGAUCCUAAGAAGGUCAUCACUGAAGAUUUGGUACAGCUAAAGUACUUGGAGUACCGACAAGUGCCCAACAGCAAUCCACCAUCCUUUGAAUUCAUGUGGGGUCCCAGAACCCAUGCUGAAAUCAGCAAGAUGAAAAUCCUGGAGUUUUGGGCCAAGAUUCAUGAUACUACACCAGAUGCCUUCCCACCUCUGUAUGAAGUAGCAUUGAAAGAUGAAGAAGAAAGAGCCCAAGCCAGGGCUAUAGCCAGGUCUCGCACUACUACUAUGGCCAGUUCAUAUUCAAGAGCCAUGCCUGGAAGCUCGUCCCAUGCUAAGUAA